AUGCCUUCUAGCUUUUGUCCUGAAAAUCUCGUUAAGAUCCAAAUGCAAGGGAGCAAACUCGAGAAGUUGUGGGAAGGAAUUCAUUCACUUACAGGGCUCAAGGAAAUGGAUUUAUCGGAAUCUAGAAAUCUAAAAGAGAUCCCAGAUCUUUCCAUGGCCACUAGUCUCGAGACACUUAAUCUUGCGUGCUCGAGUUUGGUGGAGCUUCCUUCUUUUAUUCAGCAUCUCAAAACUGAAUAA